AUGUCCUGUGCACCCGUUGCUCUCCUACGACGCGGCAUCUCAGUAGCACGAGCGCCAUACGCUGCGCAGACACUGACCUCGAGGUUCGCCACGACCGCCCGUCCCCUCUCGACCUCCGCAGUACACGCCAUGUCGACUCCCUACAAGGUCAUUCACACCACCGAGGCGCCCGGCGCCGUGGCACCUUACUCGCAGGCGGUGGUGCACAACGGCGUCGCCUAUGUCUCAGGUUGCAUCCCCUUCACCCCCGAGAUGAAGCUCGUCGAGGGCGGCAUUGAGGAGCAGACCGAGCAGGCGAUGAACAACCUCUUCGCCGUGGUCAAGGCGGCCGGCUCGGAGCCAUCGCACAUCCUCAAGUGCACCAUCUUCAUGAAGGACAUGAACAACUUUGAAAAGAUCAACGCCAUCUACGAGAAGCGCUUCGCUCCGUACAAGCCGGCUCGCUCGGCCGUCGAGGUGGCCCGCCUGCCCAAGGACGUCGGCGUCGAGAUCGAGUGCAUCGCCGCGGUCAAGUCCAACCUCUAA